AUGUUGAAAAAUCUCGCUCUAGGCCUCUUGGCCGCUCAUGGUGCUGCCGCUUUGCGGUUUGCCAUGCUAUCCAGAUGGCACACCGCGGACCUUCCUGGUGCAGACAAGACGACCUACAUUGAUCAUGCCAUCAUGGGAUUUGCGCCAUCCUCGUCGUUCAACUCAGACUCGCCACCUUCCUUCACUCCCUUUGAGGCACCUGCUAGCUUCCGCAAGCGCUUCAGUGAGAACACCAAGCUAAUGAUCGCCAUUGGUGGAUGGGGCGACGAGGCUGGAUUCUCCGCAGGAGCAAAGGACAAGUCCACUCGCGAGCGCUACGCAAAGAACGUCGCUGCAAUGCUAGAUGCCAACGGCUUCGACGGUGUUGACAUCGACUGGGAAUACCCCGGCGGCAAUGGGCAAACUUACAAACAAGUCCCAAACUCCGCCAAGGUUUCUGAAAUCGAAACAUACCACGAGUUUCUCGCCGAAGUUCGCAAAGCAAUCGGCAACAAGACUCUGUCCAUCGCCGUCCCAGGGCGCAAACAAGACAUGAUCGCCUUCACCAAGGAAACUGGCCCCAAGAUCUGGGAAUCUGUCGACAUGGUCAACGUCAUGAGCUACGAUAUCAUGAACCGUCGUGACAACGUCACUAACCAUCACACCAGCGUGCAGGGCUCGCUGGAUGCUAUUAACGAAUACCUCGACAUGGGACUGGAUCCCCAGAAGAUCAAUCUCGGUUUCGCCUUCUACGCGAAGUGGUUCACUACCGACCCGAACUCAGAUUGCGAUACCAACCCUAUUGGAUGUGCGACUGUCAAGCUUGAGAACGACGAUGGAAGUGAUAACGGAAAGUCUGGCGCGAUUACAUUUGAAGCUAGUAACGAAGCACCCGCCCCUCAGGAUCUUACUACUUCGUACAAUGGCAGGUGUGGUGCUAGUGAGAAGACCAAGUGCCCUGCUGGACAGUGCUGCAGCCAGUACGGAAACUGUGGUACCGGUGACGACUUCUGCCAGGCUGGCUGUCUCUCUGACUACGGAACCUGCAAGGGCAUCUCCAUUACUGAUUCGUGGCGCCGUGCCCAGAAAGAUGGAAAGACUGAUGACAAGCUCGGUGGUCAGUACUACUGGGAUAGCCAAGUCAACCUCUUCUGGACAUGGGAUACUCCUGAUCUCAUUGGCAAGAAGUUCCAGGAUAUUGUGAACGCCAAGAACCUGGGUGGUGUUAUGGCUUGGAGCUUGGGUGAGGAUACCUACAAGUUUGAGCAUGUUGGUGCUAUGCAGAAUGGCAUUAAGGCUGCUACUACGCAGACCCCUGCUGAUGUGUCUCCUGCUGAUGAUGAGGAGGAGUAA